AUGUCUGGAAAGAAAAUCAUCACCGUCUUUGGAGCCACUGGCAACCAGGGAGGAGGCGUCGUUGACACCUUUCUAAACGAUCCCAAGCUCAAGAAUGACUGGGCCGUGCGCGGCAUCACCCGCGACGUCAACAAGGAAUCGUCCAAGAAGCUGGCCGCGCAAGGAGUCGAAGUUGUCACUGCCGAUAUUAAUGACAAGGCGUCCAUUGUCAAAGCCAUCAGCGGUUCUUAUGCCGUGUUUGCCGUGACCAACUACUGGGAGCAUCUUGACAUGGAGCUGGAAAUCCGCCAGGGCAAGAACAUUGCCGAUGCUGCCAAGGAGGCGGACAUCAAGCUGCUCAUCUGGAGCUCCCUAUACAACAUCAAAAAGCUCAGCAACGGCGUGCUGUCCGAGGUAUACCACUUUGACAGCAAGGCUCUCGUCGAAGACUACAUUCGCGAGCUCGGCAUACCCGCCACCUUUUUCAUGCCCGGCUUUUACAUGACCAACCUGCCCGGCGGCAUGUUCCGUCCCUCUCCGCCCGACAAUGCCUGGACGCUCGGCCUGCCCAUCCCGGCCAGCUCCAUCUUCCCCUUGUACUACCCGGGCGACACGGGCAAGUACAUCAAGGCGGCCGUGCUGCACGAGAGCAAGGUGCUGGGCAAGCGCAUCCUGGGCGCGACCGAGUACCUGACGGGGCAGGAAAUCGUCGAGGGCUUCCGGCGGGCCUUUGCCGGCACCGAGGCGGCGGCGUCGGCGCGCUACUAUGAGGUGCCGGCCGAGCAGUUCCGCGGCUUUCUGGCGUCGACGGGCUAG